AUGCCGAGCAGCGUACGGCCAAUCGUUCUCCAUCUCGGAGACCCCAUCCGGUACAACCCAGAUUUAUACAAGGAGUUGGAGCAGAUAGCAACAGUCAUCAGGCCGGCAACUGAAGAGAGGCAAAGGGAGGCAUUUCUGCAGGCUUUGAAAGAGAAAAGAUGGGGCGAUUUCUCAGCCAUUCUUCGCCCCUUCUGGAAUUCUGGCGGCGAAAUGGAUCGUUGGGAUAGCGAGUUGAUUCCUCUUCUACCGGCCUCCGUGAGACUGUUUGCAUCAGCAGGUGCUGGAUAUGAUUGGGUAGAUGUUGAUGUUCUGGCAGAAGCCGGCAUUGUCUAUUGCAAUGGAGCAACAGCAUCGUCCGAGGCAGUUGCUGACAUGGCUCUGUACCAUAUUAUCUCGGUUUUUCGCAAAAUGCAGUGGUCGAACAUCGGGGGUUGCAGCGGCGACCCGGAGAUGUUCAUGAACGCACACAGAAACAAUAGCGAAACGGCACAUAAUCCAAAAGGACACUUGCUUGGUAUCGUUGGGUUCGGUAACAUUGGGUAUCGAAUAGCCCAGAAGGCGUAUGCGGCUUUUGACAUGAAAAUUGCAUAUGUCGACCCUGUCCCCAAGCCAGCGGAACAGGAAGCAGCUGUAGGCGCCAAGCGAUAUCAUAAUCUUGAUGCGCUGCUGGCCGUAUCGGACUGCGUGGUGAUAUCCGCCCCGGGGGGUGCAGAGGGUGGCAAAGCUCUCAUAGAUUCAGCGCGCCUCGCAAGGAUGAAAGAUGGUUCACGUUUGGUGAAUGUCGGCCGUGGUAACUUGGUGGAUGAGGAGGCGUUGGCAGAUGCAUUGGGAUCAGGUCAUCUUACUGCGGCAGGCUUGGAUGUGCACAACAACGAGCCCUACGUCAAUCCACGCCUACUAGCUAUGAGAGAUGUCAGUCUGACUUGUCAUACAGCUGGAGGUGCCGUCGAGACCCGAGCCGGCUUCGAAGAACUUGCGAUAAGGAAUGUCAUGCACGCCAUUUUGGGCAAGGACCCGUUGACGCCGUCUAACACCCGACGGGACACGGGCGAGGACACUGGGCCAUCCAUAAUCGGCAAUAAAGCAUUCGAUAUAACGUGGCAGGCCAGAAUGACAGGCAACGUGUAUGUAAGCGGCACACAGAAGGCGGCCGACCAUGAGUUGGAGGAAAAGCUCGGCAAUACCGCUGUCUUCGAAGCCAAACAAGCUACAAAUGACGAACACGCGCAGACUCUGAGUCAGGCCUUCAGCCAAAACCGCCCAGCAGUGCUCUGGUCGGUCUUGAUAUCUUUGUCGAUCGUUAUGGAAGGGUACGACACCAUCCUCAUGGGAAAUUUCUUCGCGUACCCAGAGUUCCAGAAAAAGUUUGGGGAUUGGUACGGCGGUGAUAUCGGCUGGCAAGUGUCUGGCCCAUGGCAAACUGGGCUAAACAUGGGCAGCACCGUCGGCGGAAUAUUCGGAGGUCUCCUCAACGGCUAUUUCGCUUCUAAGUUCGGAUACCGAUGGGUAUUGAUCAUCGCUAUGGCCUUCCUUAACUGCUUCAUCUUCUUGACCUUUUUUGCCACUGGGCCGCAGGUGUUGCUCGUCGGACAGAUCAUGUGCGGUCUCUCAUGGGGUGUGUUUGCCACACUGAGUCCAGCGUACGCCUCAGAGGUCUGCCCUACAAAUUUGCGUGGCUACAUGACCACGUACGUCAAUCUCUGCUGGGUGAUCGGCCAGCUCAUCGCUGCAGGAGUCCUGCGAGGGUGUCUCAACAUCGAAGGCGAGAUGGCGUACCGUAUUCCCUUCGCGAUCCAGUGGCUUUGGCCUACUCCAUUGAUGCUGGUUGCUUACCUGGCUCCUGAGUCUCCAUGGUUUCUUGUCCGAAAGGACCGCUUAGAUGAGGCGCGAAAGUCGAUCCGUCGACUAAGCGGACAGAAAACAGAGGAGCAAAUCUCUGCGCAACUGGCCAUGAUGCUGCAUACUACCAAGAUCGAGUCCGAGGUCACGAAGGGCGCAAGUUAUGUGGAUUGUUUCAAAGGUAUCGACCUGCGCCGCAGCGAAGUUGUCAUGGUUGCAUUCAUGGGUCAGAUCCUGUCCGGGAGUAGCUUUGCCUAUACACCUACCUACUUCUUCACAACAGCUGGCAUGGAUACCGCCAAGGCGUUUGAGUUAAGCUUGGGUGCGAAAGGGAUGGCAUUUAUUGGAACCGUUCUAUCUUGGUGGCUUAUCUCGCACUGGGGACGCCGACCGAUUUACGUCGUAGGAAUGGGUGUCCUUUGUGCAGUUCUCAUCAUCAUCGGAAUUCUUGAUGUAUCAGCUGGCGAGAAAAGUCUCUGGCCAUCAGGGGGCUUAUGUGUCUUCUGGCUCUUUGUGUACUCCCUAACAAUUGGGCCUAUUGCUUACAGUAUCAUCUCCGAGACUUCCUCCGUCCGGCUUCGUCCCCUAUCGGUGGUUUUGGCGCGCAAUGCAUACCAGCUGACCAACAUCGUCUCGCAAGUCUUACAGGCGUACAUGAUGAACCCAACCGAAUGGAACCUCCGAGGCCGAACCGGCUUCUUCUGGGGAUCUACUGCAUUCUGUGUUUUUGUUUGGUCCUACUUCAGGCUCCCGGAGGUAAAAGGCCGUACAUAUGAAGAAUUGGAUCUUCUCUUCUCGAAUAAAGUUCCUGCCCGACACUUCGCCAUAACUCAUGUGGAUGCCUACGCUAUAUCAUCCAACACAGAGGAGGAGAAGGCAGGGAUCAAACAGACUGCGUGA